AUGGGGGCUCAAUGCACAGUGCGGGAUUACCGCCUCGCGGUCACAGCUGCCGUGCGCAAAGCUAAGAUGUGCAGAGCCGCGUGGGUGUCGCUACACCCACCGAAGCAGGAUAUCUUCACCAUGACGGACCCGUACCACCCGCCGCAGCGACUGCAGAGCCAGGAAGUGGUGGAGAAAACUGCCACCUUUGCCGUGACAGGGGCAUACCAGUACGACCGCCUGAAAUCGAGCAUCCUUGCCGCCGCGGAUGGUUCAGAGAAGCGCAGCACUCGCGCGAGACGAGUGGAAUCGCAGGCUAAUCCCGCCAGCACUCCACAGCCGCCAAUGGAGCUUGUGGUGGCGUCGAGCAAUGCCCAGGCGGUGCGCACCGGCGAGGUGAUUGGACAUUGCGUCAACGACGCUCGCAACCUCGGCAAUCUGCGCGAGGACGAAGGCGUGCCGGAGUUCUACGUGGAGUGGGCGAAGAAGUACAUAAUACCAGAGGGCAUCAAGGUACGCAAGGUGCUGCGCGGACAGCAGCUCGAGGAGGCAGGCUUGCACCUCAUGUACAACGUCGGCCGUGGCUCCCGCUAUGAGCCGUACUUGAUGGUGCUGGAGUACGUCGGCAACGGCCGCUCAAGCGCGACGACGGCCCUCGUUGGCAAGGGUGUAACGUUCGACUGCGGCGGUCUGAACGUCAAGCCCUAUACUUCGAUGGAGACGAUGCACACCGAUAUGAUGGGGGCGGCCACUGCGCUCUCCACACUCAAGGCAAUCGCGAAGCUGCAGUUGCCGAUCAACGUUGUGGCUGCAGUGGGACUCGUGGAGAACGCGAUCGGGCCCGACAGCUACCAUCCCUCUUCCAUCAUUACUAGCCUCAAGGGGCUCACGGUGGAGGUGCUCAACACGGACGCUGAGGGCCGCCUGGUACUUGCCGAUGUGCUGACGUACGUGCAAAAGUACGCGCCGCUGGAGAAGAAGCCUACCCGCAUUAUCGACCUUGCCACGCUCACUGGUGCCGUUGUUGUUAGUCUCGGUUCCCGCCGCGCCGGGUUGUUCUCUCCCUCCAUGACGCUGGCGAAUUCACUCAUGUCCACCGGCACUCGGUGCGGAGAGGAGCUGUGGCCGAUGCCCAUUGGUGACGAGCACAAGGACAUGAUGAAGGGCGGCAUUGCCGACUUGAUCAACACUGCUCCCGGGCGGCAGGCCGGCUCCUGUACCGCCGCCGCGUUCCUCACCAGCUUUGUAGAGCCGGAGGUGCAGUGGGCGCACCUCGAUAUUGCCGGCGUGGCGGAUGUCGGGGACAAGCCCAAGGGCUACGAGCCAGCUGGUGUGACCGGCUUCGGUGUGCAGCUUCUGGUUGACUUCCUGCGCCACCACAAGCCGUAA